AUGAAAAGUGACAUCAUAGUAAUUUUCGCUUGGAUGAUCAUUCCUCAGUACUUACUAAUUUAUCUUAGGUUUGCUUAUUGUGAAUGUAAUUACUUAAUUUCUGCACAAAACAGAAACAGUCUAGUGGAACCCAUGUAAGACAUUGAAAUUGAAUUAGAUGAACAAGUAGUUUUAGGCAAUUAAAAUAUUGGGUAUGGCAUAUGGAUGAAGUAUCAACCUUUUCGAGCCAUAUUAGGUAUUAGUAUUAAUGAUUUUACAAAGCAACAGAUUAUUCAUCAUAAAAUAAUGACAACUAGAAAUAUUUUUUUGUUUAUUCACUAUAAGACUCUGAAUCAAAAAGUUCUAUUUUAAUUUUUUAUAUUGAGAUGUCGACUUCAACUUCAACAAUAAAGCACUAGAUUGAAUAUUCAUUCUAAACCUUAAAAUCAAAAAUUUCUGUCAACUUUAAUUUUGCAAAUUAUGAAGGAAAAUGGAUAUUAUUUUACUUUUAUUUUAAUUAUUAGUCAAAAUCAACAACAAUAACUUUUCUCAUAUUAGAGUAGAACAUAGAUCCUAAAGUUCUGACAGUUAACGAUGUACCAGCUUUACCAAAUAUUGUAAAACACACUAUUGGAGGAAAUUUAAUUUUAGAUUAAGAGUAGGGAUCUUUGGUUUUGUCAUAGUUUUUAGGAAAGAUAUCACUAUUAUUUAGCGAAAGGGAAACGAAUGUGUUAGAGGAUAGUAAUAGCUUAAAUCAGUUUCUAUAAUAUUGUAAAAUCGAAACUUAAUGUAAAGAAUACUCAUACCAAUUAACUUAUUAAGAUUAAGAGUAUAGAGGAUUUAGUUUUACAACAGAAAUAACAUCUAUUUUAGAAUUUCCAAUAUAUAGUAUUUAAGGAUGGGUCAAAAUAAAAUAAUUGCAAAUGAAACAUCGCGAAAUGGUUAUUUUUAGAAUUACUACUAAUAAAGAAUAUAAUGAUGAUUUUAUAAUUGGAGAUAAGGAAUUAUACUUAAAAUAUUAAUAAGACUAAUAGCCUAUCCUUAAUGGAUUUGAAAUUACAACCUAUUCCUAUGCAUUCCCAACAAAAAGUGUUUAUUAAAGCUCUAAUAAAGAUAUCAUAAAAGUUCUUGGAUCAGAAUAUCAAUAGUUAUUAAUAAAUUGGCAUUAUAUAUAAUACGAAAUUGGAACUAUUAAUAAUGAAAGAUCAGCAUAAUUUUAAAUAUACUUCCCUUCUUAAUAAUAAGUUCAAAAAUUUGUUUGGGAAUAACCAAUACUUCAUUUUAGUGGAGUAACAUUACGUUGUUAUUUAGGAGGUGAUAAAUAUACUUAAGAUUAUAUGAAUGGUUAUUUUAGUGAUCUGAUAUUAAAAACAUAUUGUACACCUCCACUCAUUAGUAUCACGCCAAAAUGUCAUUAUUCUUGUCAAACUUGCAAUGGCCCUAAUUAUAAUAAUUGUUUAACUUGUCCGCCUUAAAGCAACCGUAUUUUACAAUCUGAAAAAAAUACAUGCCCAUGCAAUAUUCAUUUUGUCGAUAUCAAGGAUCAAUCGAUCUGUAAAUAAGUAAAUUCCAUUUAUCCAAAUUUAAAACUUUUAGAAAAGAAAAGAUAUUGUAAUCAGAAUGGUUAUCUAUUUUGCGAUCUCAAUUCUAAAGUAUGUGCUUAGGGAUAUUUUUUGUAUCACUAAACUUGCCUAGAAUGGUAUUAAAAUAAUUUAUCUUAGCCCUGGCUACUCUAUGGUUAAUUCAAGAAAUUAUAUUAAAUGUUCAAAUUGUAUUUCUAAUCCUACUGAUUUUUCAUCUACGUUAAAAUGUACUGAAGAUAGAAUUUAACAAGAAUAUACAUGUUCCACAAAAUAAAGGUUCUUAAAUGAAAUAGAAAAUUAUAUAGUUAUUAUUAAUAGCUAAAAUAAAAUGGAGCUGAAAUUGAAUGCCAAUUUAGAUUAUUGCUAUUAUGGCUAUUUUAAAAAUAUCGAAAAUGAGUGCCUUCCUUGCUAAGAAGGAUGCUUCUAUUGCGAAAAUUAUGAGUAUUGUAUUGAUUGUAAUAUUGGUUAUUUUCUGAAUUAAGAAUUUCAAUGCAAAGUAUGUCAAGGCUGUAAAGAAUGCUAACUGUAAUAAAAUUCUGUGAUUUGUAAUUCAUGUCAUUUAGGAGCAUAUUUAAAUUCUGAUGGUAUUUGUGCUCCUUGUGGAGAGCAUUGCGGAAGUUGUGAUAAUAACCAAAGAUGUCAUUAUUGUAAUAACCCAGAAAUGCAUUUUUUAGCAGUAGAUGGUUACAAUUGCUUACAAUGCUAAAUUACAAAUUGCAUCUAUUGCUAUCACUAUUAUAUUAAGGAAAAUAAAAUUUAUUCUACUUUAGAUAUCAACUUUGAAUAUGAUUAGAAAUAUUAUUCUACUUUGAAAAUAGGAUGCGCUCUUUGCAAAAGAAAUUAUUAUUUUAAUUAAAUUACCUCGACAUGUGAAAUUAUAAGCUUUACAAAUGAAGAGAUUAAUGAAAAUGAAAUGUGCAUUUUUGGUUUAAUCACUGAUCAGGAAACUAAUUAUUGUUUAAUCAGUUAGAAUAAUUAUGGAUCUACUUAAAAUAAAGAUUGCUAUAAUCUUUAUAAUUGUGUUGAAUGCAUAUAAAAUUAUUCACAAGAAAAUUCAUUUUGUAUAGUCUGCGAAGAUGGGUACUACUCAUCAAUUUUAAGAGGAGAAUGUGAAAUGUGUGAUUAUUCUUGCAGAACUUGCAUUUAAUAAAACAAAUUAUUUAAAGAUUAUUGGAAGUGGAAUAUCAAAGCUUAUUAUAAAUAUGUAUUUAACUCUGACAAUUAGCAUCCUUUUGAGGAACAUGCAAUAUUAUAAUCUGAAGAUGAUUUUGAAUUAAUCUGCACAUCUUGUCCAUACGAUUAUAUUUUGUAUGAACAUUAAUGUAUUUAUGAUUGCGAUUAUGAUUGCACAGAUUGUCAAAUUAUAGAUGGGGUCGCUACAUGUAUGCAAUGCAAUAACAAUUAGGAAGAAAUUAAAAUAAGCAAAUAUGUAUAAGAAUGUAAAGAAUAUUUAAAUUGCUAUUACUAAGCAGUAUUGACUUAGAAUAUCUAUUGUUCUAAAUAGGAUUUCGAAACUCAAAUAAGAAAUAAGAAUCAGAAUGAAUAAUAAGAAUUUAAGAAAAGCAACAUUUACAUAGAAGAUCUAUUUUCUCUCGAAUAUUUGGAGUUAUUUUCAAUAGAUAUUAUUCGAUAUUUAGAUGAUAGCUAAAUAAGGGAAGUUGAAUUUGAGUUUACUUUGAUUUAAGGUAGUGAGCCUAAAUGCAUAAUUAGAUAAUAUUAAACUUUAUAAUCAAGAAUAUUUGAUGUUUAUAAGUAAAUUGUUGCAAUUAGUCUAAAAAUAAUUGGAAGCACUAAUCAAACUACUCUGCAAAUGACAUCACUUAAUAUAAUAGGAUUUACAUCAAUCAUAUUUGAAAUGAUUUAAUUUGAUUCUUCGAUUAUGUUUGAUUAAAUUAAUGCAAAUUAAGUUUUAGUGAGAAAUUGUGUCAUAUCUUCUAUCAAAUAAUUUGCAACUAAUCCAUAAAUUUUAAAUCUUAAUUUAACUAAUUUAGAAAUUAGAAAUUUAAAUAUAAUAAAUUCAACAAUUUUUGAUUUUGUUACUACAAGUUGUUAAAUCUACUUAAAUAGAAUUUAAAUUACAUAUGCUAAUUUUCAAAAUUCCAGUUUAUUUUACUUGUACCCAAAAGUAAAUAACAUCAAAAGCUCUUUAAUAGUAAAUGAAGUUUCUGUUUACAAAUCUUAAUUUUAUAAUUCUUUUCUAUUUAAGACAAUUGUAGAAUCAAAUCAAGAAUAUGGAAGUAUUUUGGUUGAUAAUAUUUCGCUUAAUAGUGUUAGUGUUGCUAACGAAUCAUCUAUUUUCUAAGUCAUUGGAGCAACUCUCUUUUAAACCUAGAAUAUAAUAAUUAUUGAUAGCUAAUUUAUCUAGUAAUCUUACUUCUAUUAGUCUAAUAUCAUUCAGAUCUAAAAUAUUAAAAUAAUUGAUAUCUAAUUAAUAGAUAGUACAUUAUUUAGUAAUAAUAUCCAAAAUGAAAUUUCUGAUUUAUCCAGAUCUGAAGAAGAGAAUGUAUUUGUUAUUUAGUGUAAAAUAGAAAACGUAUAAUAUAAUCGAGCAUAAUCAUUUUUCUAAAUUAUUAGGUUAAGAGAACAAUUAAAUUUAAAUGCAAAAAUAGAGUUCUUCUACUUAAAGAAUUGCACAUAUACAAAUAACAAUUUGCCGAAUCAAUUAUUUUAUAAUCAAUCAAGCAUUUAUAUCGAAUGCUAGCACUGCACGUUUAAUAACUUUUAGAUUUUAAGAGGGUAUGGAUUACCUGAAAUGUCAGUUAUGCAUUCUAAAGUUUUGUAAAUUAAUACAUUCUAUUUAAUGUAAAUGGAGUAGUAUUAUUUCAAAACUUUGCAUCCUUCCUUAGAUUGUGCAAAUAAUUAUGCAAAAUAUUAAUUGUCUUAUUACUUAUAUUUUGGAUUUUUUGAAAAUGUAACAAUUACCAAUUUACACUUGAAUUCCAGUAUAACAUAUGAUUAUCCAUUUAUUAUAUUUAGAGGAUUUGAUUUGAUGGAGAAAACAUAAAAUUAAUAAGUAAUUAUUAAGGAUUCAAUCUUUGAUUCAAAUAUGCUGAUAAUUAAAAGAGCAAACACAGCAACAUCGCUUAUAUUUAUUUAAUCAGAAUAAAACUCCUCUUUAAUUUUUCACAACGUUUCAUUCUAAAAAAAUCACCUAAAUUCUUAUUUCUAAGAUACAUCUAAAUUAUCAGCAUCAACAUUGUUUCUUUAUUUGUAAUAAGGAGAAAUUCAAAUAGGCAAUUCAGUCUUUAUAUCUAAUCUUGUUACUAACUCUACUGAUUCGAUUAUGUAAAUUAAAGCUUCUUCUAUUAGUAUUGCGAACUCAUCUUUUUAUAAUAAUAAUAUUCUUUCUUUUUCUUAAUUGAGCAAAAAUUUACUAUUAUUUAAUUAAGUAAAAGAAUAAGCUAUUAAAGCGGCAUUUCCUAUUAAUUCAAAAAGUGGGAAUGGAAUUUUAAUUGCAUCCAACAUCAAUAUUAAUAAAGUAAUUGUCUUAAACUCUAAAUCUUAUUAAGGUGGAGGAUUUACUUUUAUUACAUAGGGUACAAGCACUAUAAAUAUAGAAGAUUCAUAAUUUUCAAAUUCGUAAGCAUCCUUAUCAAGUUCUUCCUAUUCAGUAGGUGGCUGCAUUUAUAUUGAUGCAUAUCUAGCAACAUUGAGAUUAAUAGUAACUAAUACUAGAUUUGAACAGUGUUAUAGUAGAAGAGAAGGAGGAGGGCUUUAUAUUAUACCAUCAUCUUAGUAUAACUUUAUUUCAAUGAAGAACUUAUAAGUUUCUAAUUGCUUUUCGAUAUAAAAUACAUUUCUAUCCUAUACGAUAUUUAAUUUGGAGAAUUUUAAAUUCGAUAUUAAUUUAACUGAAAUAGACUUUACUGCAACUAAAAUUGGAUUUGAGGAAUACUUAAAGCAGUUAGAAUUCCCAACAGAAUUGGAGAUUGAUUCACUUCGAAGCAACAAUCCUAUAAUUAUGAUAAAAUAUGGGAACAUUAAUAUUGUGAAUUGCAACUUUUAUUCAAUACACAUAUAAAGCCUAAUAAAAAUCGAGUAAGCCACCAACGCUGUUUUGGAGAAUAUUCGUGUAAUAAAUUCUUCUUUUUUUGAUGCAUCCAUGAUAAAAAUUAGCUUAAAAAAUUGUAAAUAUGCAUUCAUAAUAUCUAGCUCUUAGCGGAGAAAUCUCACUUAGGAAUUUAACUUUAUUAAACAUAAGUGAAUUUGAAAACUAUCAAAAUUAUUCAGAGAAUUCUUGCUCUAUGUAAACUUUGGACUUUCCUGAAUCAUUAAUUUGCAAACCUAAUGCAAAAUUGAGUUUGUCUAUAAAUUUAAAUGAAUCAGAUACUUCUUAGAACAAAUUGUAAUAUCAAUGCAAUUUGAAGAAGAUUUAUGAAAGAGAAAAUAAUAAUUUUAGCUUAAUUCAGAUUGAAGAUAUAAAUGAGAAUCAAAAAAUAAAGGCUUAAUUUUUUAACUUACAUUCAAUCAAAUGCAUAAGGUGUUUAAAUGGACUAAUCAGUAUUCUAAAUAUUAAUUAAAUUAAAUAAAACAACAUUCUUUUUUAAAAUAUUAAGAUUAUAAACAGUAUUUGUGGAUAUACAGGUUGUUUGUCGAUUAUGAGUUAUUGGAAUGAAAAUUUUUUGAAACCAGAAGUGUUACCUAUUAAUUCAAAUGGCAGAUAAUUAUAAUAGCAUGAUUAUACAAAGUUAGCAUUAUAGAUCAAUCAUCAAGUUAAAAUCAUUGAUAGUUUAUUUUUAAACAAUAGUGCUAUUUACGGUGGUUCUCUUUUCGUAAUUGAAGCCUAAGUUAUGAUUCAGAAUUGUAGAUUUUAAAACAAUUCUGCUAUUGUUGGAGGUGCUAUUUACUACUCUUCUAAAAGCGCUACUUUGUGUAUAUUUGAUAGUUUUAUUAUUGAAAAUAAAGCUGAAGUAGUUGGAGGACUAUUUCUUAACUAAUAAUCCAUCCAAUAGACAAAGUAGUUGGAUGUGAUUAUAUUCAACAAUACUUCAACAAAGUUUGGUGAAGAUGUUUUUGAAAGUCCCCGCUCAUUAACCAUUUCAACAGACGCUGGGAAAACACUCUUAUAAAAAAAAUUAAUACUGGCUAAUUCAACAAAAGUAAUAGAAAAAAUCGAAAUUCAUCCUUAUAGAAUUUUAGGAUAUACUUAAAAGGCAAAUUUUCUAACAUAUCCAUCAGGAAUUUCUAUUUCAUCCUAUUAAUACUUUGACUUAGAGAAUUCUGUAUUAAUUCCAUAUAACUUGACCUUUCGUAUUAUUCCAUUGAAUAUAUAUCAAUAGCAAAUGAAAAAAUUAACUGACUCUUUCUGUUCUAUUUCACAUUAAGUACUAGAUCUCACUAACAACACUAUUAUAACAACGUUUCCAGCUACAUUAUCCUAAUAAAAAGUAGAAUUCAACUAAACAUCUGAAGAUUUUAAUUUAGAUAAUCUAAUUAUAAAUUUUCAUCCUUUAAUCAAUGAAAAAGUUGUUUUAAGAUUAAAAAUCAAUUGUAAUAUGAUUAAAAUUCCCUAAUUCGAUGCAUAACCACCAUAUUAAAUAAACAGUUUUAUCACGGAUUACGACUUAAUUGUAGACAUAAAAACAUUUAAAUGUCAAUUAGGAGAAUACUUGAAUACAACUUCUGGUAGUUGUUCUUAUUGUGAUCCAUAGCUUUAAUAAUAUUCUGUAUAAAUCAAUGCUUAAAAAUGUAAUUAUAAAGAUGACUAAAAGAUGAAAUCUAUUAAAAGCUCUAUGAUUGAACUAAAAUAAGAAUAUUGGAGAGCAUAUUACUACAGUGAUCAAAUCGAGUAGUGUUUUCAUGAAGGAAAAAACUGCAGAGGUGGAUGGCAAUCUGGUGAUUAAUCUUGUUCUUAAGGUCACAUUGGAGCAUUAUGUGAGUAAUGUGAUUUAUAUAACAUAAGAGGGGAUGGAUCAUAUUCAGUAAGCUCUGCUUAUCAAUGUGGAAAUUGUGAUCAAAUAGUUGGUAAUAUGUUAACUAUUAGUCUAAUUAGCAUUUGGACCCUUAUUUCUAUUCUAAUUUCUGUAUUGGGUAAUAUCAGAAACAUUGAAGAAUUGAUUCUAGGGAUAAGAUUAAAGUCUUUUAAAAUUAAUUAUUUGAAUACUAAAGUUUCAUCAACAAUUUUAAUAAAAGUUUUUACAAACUAUUUUUAAAUAAUAUCUACUAUUGCAACUUUUUAGCUUUAAGUUCCUAAUGCUCUGACAUCAGUGAUUAAAAACAUUGGCAAUCCAGUUGAUUCUAUGGCUUAUUCAUUUGAUUGUUUUUUAAUUAAUCUAUCUGAUAUUUUAAUAAUAUAUUUUAGAAUUAUCUGGAGUUUAGUAACUGCAGCAUCAUUUUUAGGAAUUUUUUUCAUUUUAGGAUGCUUAGCCAUAUUGAUCAAAUUUGUAAGAUAUAGAUUUUCAUUUAUUUCAACUCCUCUUUUAUACAUUUUUUUAUACAUGCAACCAAAUUUAGUUGGAGGAUUAAUUUCUUUGCUCUCUUAUAGAAGAAUUUGUAAUGAUCUUUGGAUAUAAGGAAAUGUUGCUUAUAGAUAUGAUACAAAAAAUCAUCUUUUCUGGGUUCUUAUAUUUUGCUUACCUUUGAUAAUUAUAUUUGCUUUAUUUUUUCCUGUGUAUUUUUUUUACAAACUCAAAAUUAAUAAAACUUAUUUAGAUAAAUCUCACAUCAGAUAAAUUUGGGGAUAUCUUUAUAAUGAGUACAAACAAAAGGCAUAUUUUUGGGAAAUUGUUAAAAUUUUGUAAAAAGAAUUAAUCAUUGUGGUAUUAGCAUACUAUGAAGAUCAUAUACCUAUUAAAGCUUCAUUAGUUUUUUUAAGCUUGUUAGGCUACAUUUUUUUGGCUCACUCUCUUUAACCCUAUUAUACAGGAAAUAUGAAUUAAUUAGAUAGAGAAGCAAUUAUUAUCUGUGCUGUCUCUAUUAUUUUAGCUAGUCAAAUAUUUUUAGCUCAAGAAUCAAAUUUAGUUGAAAUAAUUUGGCCUUGUUAUUUCAUUAUAGGUUUGAUAAAUACAUUUUUUAUCUUUAAAAUUUUUGUUUAAAUAUUAUUUGCUUAUUUUAAUAAGCUUAACGAUUAGAUUGACAGGCUUGUAGAUCUUAUUAUAAAAAAAUUUCCAAAUUUGAUAAAAAAAAAUUUCAACUAAAAUUUAUUUAAAAGUAAAAAAUAACAAAAAGCUAGAAUCAAAGAAAGAUUUGCAAAAAUUAAAGAUUAUUUAAUUCCAUAGGCUAGGCUUAUAAUUCAAUGUAGAAGGUAUUUAUGGUUAUAAAUUCUUAUUAGAACCAAUAGAUUUGAUUUACCAAUUCGUAAUAGGAUUGACUCAUCUCAUACCUAAAACUAAUAUUCAACAAACUUAAAAUUAAGUCCAGCGAAAAAUACAUAAAAUUAAUAAUCUUAUUUGUUAGAUUAAUUAGAUGACUAAAAGAACUCUUUCUUUUAAUUAAUCUCAUAAAUACAGGGUUCACCUGAUAUUUUCAGAUCCACUCCAAAAGAAAGUAGCAAAAUAAUCACCUUAACAAAAAAUUGA